GUUGUGGAAUGUCUUUUGCGAUGUCCAGUCAUUGUUCGCGUCAUAAGAGAACUCAUUCCGGGGAACGUCCUUACCAAUGUAAAGAACCUGGUUGUGAAAAAAGUUUCGCGCAAUUUUAUAAUUUGAAAGUUCAUAUGAGAUCUCAUACUGGGGAACGUCCAUAUAAAUGUAGUGAACCGGGAUGUGAAAAGAGAUUUGCAUAUAAUACUCCUUUAAAAGAGCACAUGAAGACUCAUAUUCAUUGAAUAGAUUUACAGUAUCGUUUUUUUGGUGAGUACGACAUUGAUCAUGUGACUGAAUUAGUUUUAGAAUUUUGAUCUCGUAUCAAAAGUCUACAAUUGGUAAAUAAACAUUAGAAUCAAAAAGGUUUUAAAAAAUGUUUUUUAAACUUUUAUUGUUUUUUGUCGAGUUAUUCUAUUAAAGAUUUUUACGCUCUU